CGGAGGGGAAUCGACGCAUGAGGUCCCGCCCGGGGCGCCUGCGCAGUACAGAGCGGCGGAAACGGAUACGCGAAGCGACCGGAAGCAGCUCUUUCUUUCUCCCCGCGGCCUUCGGCUCGUGAGGCGGCCAUCAUGGUGAGCGCGGGCUCCUCCGCGUGGCUUUAUCUCGAGGGCGGCUGGGUUGGGGGCCGGAAUGGCCGGCGAGGGGGGCCGCGCGGCCUAUCCUUCGCGCGGGGCGGGGAAGGCGCCCGGGACGGAGCGGCGUGAGGCGAGGGGAGGGCCGGGAAGAGCCUUCGCUUGAGGGAGGGGGGAGACCGUUAAGGCUUCGGGGGGGGGAGAGGAGGAAAUAUAGUGGUACCUCAGGUUACAUACGCUUCAGGUUACAGACUCCGCUAACCCAUAAAUAUUACCUCGGGUUAAGAACUUUACCUCAGGAUGAGAACCAAAAUUGCGAGGCGGCAGCAAGAGGCCCCAUUAGCUAAAGUGGUACCUCAGGUUAAGAACAGUUUCAGGUUAAGAACGGACCUCCGGAACGAAUUAAGUUCUUAACCCGAGGUACCACUGUAGACCAAAGGGGGGGGCGAGGGGGCAGGAAUGGGGACGCGGGGUGGCGGCGGAGAAAAGUGCGGUCUCGGGGAGAGGGAGCCCCGCCGCCAACCACCUCAUGUGAAGAUCCAGGCCCCGCGGAGCAGCAGCUGCCGCCUGAAAUCUUCUGUUCGGCAAAUCUUGAGUUUUACUGUUUCUUGGGCUUCGUUUUCUUUUCUUUUUUUCUGUUCUGUAAUAGUGCUGUGUUCACAGUCGGGGCCGGGUUCAGGUUUGAUGAGGCCCUAAGUUACUGAAGGUAAUGGGGCCCUUUCUAUGUCCAGCUGCCCUUUGUCAACAAGAAAUUGUUGCUGUUUUUUGUGUUGAAUUGAUGCUAUACAGUAUGGUAAUUUAUGGACCUAAUGGGUGUCUAAAUCCUGUAUACAGUGGUACCUUGGGUUAAGUACUUAAUUCGUUCCGGAGGUCCGUUCUUAACCUGAAACUGUUCUUAACCUGAAGCACUACUUUAGCUAGUAGGGCCUCCUGCUGCCGCCACACCACCGGAGCACAAUUUCUGUUCUCAUCCAGAAGCAAAGUACUUAACCCGAAGUACUAUUUCUGGGUUAGCAGCGUAUGUAACCUGAAGCGUAUGUAACCCGAGGUACCACUGUAUAGAAAUGAGCAAACCAGUGAUAUUUUAGGGAGCAGGUUAGCAGACGGGGCCCGUUACUUACAUCAUAGGAACCCACACAACACGAAACACUUGCUGUAUGUAGGUUUUAUUUUAUUUGUUUUUUAUCUUAUAUUUUGGAAAUGUACAUCCAAUUUUUUUCCCUUUAAAUUUUUGGGGGGACUCCAAGAGAGUGGGGCCCUAAGCUAUAGCUUGUUUAGCUUAUAUGUAAAUCUGGCACUGUUCACAGUUCAAAUUGGUUCUAAGUUCCCAGCAGUACAUCAUUGUAAGUUGUUUUAAAUAAUGUUCUGUCUCUUUAAGGUGUUCAAACGCUACGUUGAGAUUGGCCGAGUUGCCUAUAUUUCUUUUGGACCACAUGCGGGCAAGCUGGUAGCGAUUGUGGAUGUUAUUGAUCAGAACAGGGUAAGUUUGAACGCUUCCUUGUGUGCCUCUUGAUGACUGAGAAGGAACAGGCAGUGCCAUUAUUUUUUAAAUAAACAUUCCUUUUUAUUUGAAAUACUUGCAGGCCACCUUUCUGAGCCAAGCUCUGCCAUGAUGGUUUACAUGAUAAAUAUUUUCAAAUAGAAUAGCAAUAACAUAUAUACAAAGUCCUUUCAAGUACUUGAAAGCAGUAAUAAAAUAUCCAGCCUAAAAUAUAUAAUUAGUUACUAAAUCAUCCAUUUAACAUAGCACUACAGGAAAAACCCAAUUAUGUAUAGGUCGCAUGAAACAAGUCUUUAGAACCUUUUCUAAAAGUCUGGAGGAUGGUGAUUUUUCAGAGGUGGACAGACAAUAAAUUUUAAAUGUUGAAGUCAACAGUCAAAAGUCUCUCUUCCUUCUGCCUGACAAUUUCACUAAUUUAAAUGUCAGGUAAAUGAGGAGGGCCCUCUGUUGUUUUUAAUGUACAAGUGUAUGGGUGCUGGUGGUCCUUAGUUUGCCUGUAAAAAACACACCAUGUAAGUCUUUUUGAAGAUCUCAAGCUUCUAGUUCCUAUGACUGGUCUAUGUGUGCUCUGUGACACUGAGCAAUUACCUAAGAUUUAGGUGGGGUUGUGCUAGAGGUAGACUUGCAGACAUUUAACUUUUUUCACAAAUUCUUCUUGUGUAAUCUGCUGUAUCCCAGUUGCCUUGUCCAACGUGUGCAGCACAAUCCCAUGCAUGAUUACUCAGAAGUCAGUCCCACUAUGCUCAGUUGGGCUUAUUCCCAGGGAAAUUGUGUGUCAGAUUGCAUUCUAAAUGGCUACUUUAGCCAUUAAAAGGUUGCCAUAGAUGCUUUUCUUUCUGCCACUUGUGUGCAGGUGAGCUACUAAGGUGGCAAGGGAACUUCUGGCUUUCAAGAAACUGCUGCUUUAUAAUUGUUUCAACCGGUGCUGUUUGCCUUUUUCUGUUCAAUUUUCUGCACUUCAGUUUAGUAUCUAAAUUCAGGUUUCCUUUUAGACUGGCAAAACAACGUUGUAUUUUUCUCCCUGAAUCCAAGGGUCCUGUUGAAAGCCUUGUCUUUUCUCUAGGCACUGGUAGAUGGUCCUUGCAGCGGUGUCCGAAGGCAAGCUAUGCCCUUCAAGUGCAUGCAGCUGACUGACUUUGUUCUCAAGUUUCCUCACAGGUCUGUUAUUUUCUUGUAAUCUAGCAUCACUUCCUCUUUAAACUUGAAAAAUUGUGGAAAUAGCUUGCAUUGUUACUGCUAUAGCAAAGUGCAUCAUACUUCUCUUAACAGUUUAUCAUGUUCAGCAUUGCCUGAAAUCUUUGCUGAAUAUGUGUGGUUUCGUAGGACUUUCCUCCAUUUUAUUGAAAUCAUUUUUAUUUGAUUUUACAUAUACAAGGUUAUAAAAAUCCAAAUAUAAAUCCAUAUACAGUUGUACCUUGGAAGUCAAACGAAAUCCAUUCCGGAAGUCUGUUCGACUUCCAAAAUGUUUGAAAACCAAAGCACAGCUUCUCAUUGGCUGCAGGAAGCUCCUGCAGCCAAUUGGAAGCUGCGGAAGUGCCGUCAGAUGUUCAGCUUCCAAAAAUAGUUCGCAAACCAGAAGUCACUGUUUCCAGCAUUCGGGAGUCAAAACGUUAGAACUAUUUACAACUGCAUAUUCUUCCAUAUUCUAACUUUUAAAUCACUCCAUAUUGUCCAUAGUAUUUGUUAGCUACAAGUGAAAUCAAAAUCCUGCCAAUGUUUCCAACUGCUUACAGUGGUCUCUUAGAUAACUUAUAUUUUUUCCCAUUCUUUUGUAAAGUUUUUAUCCUCUUGGUUCCUGAGUUUUCCAGUCAGCCUUGCCAUUUCAGCAUAGUCCAUCAGUUUGCUUUGCCAUUCCUCUCUGAUAGGGACCUUGUCUUCUUUCCAUCUGGAAAAAUGAGAUGGAGAGAUGGAAAGGACUUCACUCCAUUUUAGAGGAAGACUUCACUUGGUAUCAGCUUGAAGGGUAUCCUGCUAUAGUUGGGCUGAAGGUCCUAGUUUGCUAGCUUGUUAAAAAUGGGUACCAGCCCUUACUUCACAAACCUUCCCCCCGCCCUCCCCAAAAAUUGACUGGCAUGAUAGGGUCAUGUCUGCUGAAACUAUGACAUAAUCAUUGUUAUUAAGAGCUGCCUAUAUAAAGAACCUGCUGUUUGUGACCACUGUGUCCUUACAAAGCAAAAAGUCCCACGCAGAGAAUUUUUCAAGCCAUGUUAUGAUCUGAACUGUUACUUUUCCUAAACGGCUCUUAUGAGACUACAUUUUGAAGGGGCAGAUGUACGGUUGCUACAAAGCUUUUACUCCUUACUAUUAAGUGAAGAGUCUAUCGGGGAAAUGCAUUGUAGAAUGUUUUUCAGUGCAUUGAUUCUGGCUACUGAGAUUCAUCUGAAAAUGAGAGCUUGUGUUUUGUUUCAGUAACAAAUUUUGGUGUUUUUUCUUAAAUUAGUGCUCGUCAAAAGUAUGUGAGAGCUGCUUGGGAGAAGGAAAACAUUAACGAGAAGUGGAAAACUACCAGAUGGGCACAAAAAAUUGAAGCCAGGAAGAAGGUAUGUUUUUGAAAUACUGUAGCAUGAAGUCUGCAACAUUGGGCUGAGAUACUGAUGCUAAUCUAGCUAAAUAAGCUGUUGCUUGGGCAACUGAAUGAUUACUACCAGCAAAAGUACCAGCAGGUCAACAUGGUUGCAUCUAAAUCUAUUCAGUUAAAAGGCCACCUAUCUAUGUGUCUGGCUCCUGGUAUGUUAGGUUAAUUUAGGACAGGACCUUUAGGUUUUGCAAUGGAUGACACUUUGGGUGCCAGCACUGAAAAACCCCUCCUCUUCUUUGUAGUAUGCUCUUACUAGGUAGGUUUGCCUGGUACAGUGGUACCUUGGUAGUCGAAUGGCUAGGUUCCCUUGCAAAUUGGCUUCCAAACACCACAAACCUGGAAGUGAGUGUUCCAGUUUGCGAACAUUUAUCGAAAGCCAUGCCUUCGUUUUUGAACUGUUUCAGGAGUCAAACGGACUCUCGGAACAGAUUAAGUUUGAAAACCAAGGUACCACUGUACCUACUUUCAUAGACUUUCAGAAUCGGGGUGACUCUUUCUCCCCCACUCUUAAAACCUUACUUGUUUUUUGCUGGGUUAUUGGUUUUCUGAAGGGCCAGUAAAAAUAGCUAUAAUUAACAAUAAACAAAUCUGUUCCACAUGCUCUCUGAAGUACCGUUCAGAACAGGUAACUGGCCUACCUUGUAGUCCUUGGUGGAAGAAUUCUCUCUCACACCUAACAGUGUUAGAAACUCAGAUAUCUAAGCUGGGCGCCAAACAGCUCCUUAAACCAGGCAUACAGCCACCAAUACGGAAUGCAUAGCUGCCAUUUUGGGGCCAGACAGCUCAAAAGUUGUGUUUUUCAACACGGCUUUUUGGUUCCUGAAAUUCAUUAUCAUCGUGCAGAUAAAAUACAACAGAAUUCUACAAGAUGUGUUGCUAUUGUGUGAAAGCCGUCAAGAUCCAAGGAUUCCCAGGCAUGCACCUCCAGGUGGUGGCGACGUCAAGCACCAUCCUGGCAAUUUUCGAACUCUGCCUCUCACGGGAGUUGUGAGGAUAAAAAGGAGAAACGAGCAGAACUAAGUACACUACCCUGACCUUGCUGGGGGAAGGACAGGAUAUAAAUGCAAUUGACAAGAUAAAUAAGAAUGCUCAGAAGCUAAAUUGGCAGGCAUGAGAUACGUAUUUCGCUGGGUUGAAAACAAGUUUGGAAGUUUGAACAAAACUCAGCAUUUUUUAGCAAGAUGGUUAUGUUUCUAACAAUUAUUUUUUGUCUGCCCUGGAAAAUCUUUCCACAGAAAGCCAAGAUGUCAGAUUUUGAUCGUUACAAGGUCAUGAAGGCCAAGAAAAUGGUAGGUAAAGGCAAAACUGCUGGUAAUCUAGUUUUAUAUUCCUUUUCCUUUGUAAUUUGAAUAACCAUGCCUCCUUUAACUAGUUGAAUAGAACUGUCUUGCAUAUCAGUGUGAGCACCUUGUAGUUUCAUGUUCUGGGUUUGAUUAGAUGGGCUGCAAUUUAUCAUACGCAAGGCUGCAUUUAAAGACUCCCUCGGAAACUGCAGUGGGUCCAAAUACAGUGCUAGCUGUGUGUCGAUGGAACACAACUUGCCACCCUCGCUGGCUCUAGGGUUAUCUCCGCUGCCUUGGGAGUUUUUACACUGGAAAACAGGGAAGCGGUGUUUUAUCUAGAUGGCUGCCUUUUCCUUCACUUCCCACUUCCCUCUCUACCUUUCCCCCUCCAUGCUGUGCACUCCAAGGAAGGCGUCAAUCAUCAGAGUGAGGCAGCCCUAUCAUGUUUGCUGUGAUGUUGGCAAAGCCUGUUUAAAGGUUCACUGCAAUGGUGCUCCAUUCCUUACAAGAGGCAACCUCAACGUGGGGGUCGAGGACUGUUUACCACCUCUCCAGAUCUGCUGACUGAAGCAGUUGCCUCAUCCUGCCUCAUAGGGCUGCGCCUGACCAGAUAGAAGUUUUGUCACUCAAUGUGCGCUUCUGCAGUCUCUUGCAAGCAUAAUUUUUGUGAAAUGGAAAAGGAAACCGUUGACGGCUGCUCAAGCAAAAUAACCUCAACCUGCAUUGUAAUACUUACAUCUUUCAGUUGCCCACUUACGAGUAACUAACAAAGUCAAUUAGAUAGGUUGAAAAUGUGAGUCCUGCUUACGACUGUAUAAUUUUGUUUCCUUACAGAGAAACAGAAUCAUCAAGCACGAAGUGAAGAAGCUGCAGAAGGCUGCUGCUGCUCCUCCUCCCAAAAAAGAAUAAAUAGUCAGCAAAUAAAAUUUCAUUUUUAUGUGCACCUCGUAUGGCCAUAUGACUUGUUUCUUCAGCUGCUUUGACCAGAUUUGUGAUAAAACCUGAAUGCUACGAUUCCAUUCCUCUUAAGUUCAGGCAAAUUGAUACCUUGUGCGGGUGUCAAUUAGGCAAUAGCCAGUUAAGAAUUACCAUGUCUUCUGGUUAACUGUUCAAGUUUGCACUUGACAUAACUAAGCACGCUCCUCUUUCUAGAGUUCUGGAACAUACCUUGGUGACACUUGACUAUGUGCCUGUUGGUGUUAAUGUAACUGAACACUAACUGUGAACAGAGCUGUAUAGAACACACUUUGUAUGCACAAGGUCCCAGGUUCAGUCCCUCAUAACUAGGUAGGGCUGCCAGUCUAUAUACAAUAUUUAUUUAAAGCGUUUAUACCCCAUAUUUCCUCCACAGAGCUGAAACUACAUGCAUUAGAAGCUUCCUUAAACCAGCCUAGGCAUGCCUUUCUUUGAAUUGCACCUCUUGGCAGCCAUUAUUGGUUAUGUUGAGCCUUGACUCCUGAAUCAUGUCAAAGGGGCUUUACCACUUUUUAGUGCCAUAUUUUGGCUCAAACUGUGUAUACGUUCGUGUUGAUGUCUUUAUUUUGAUGCACGUUUGUGAGAAUACCUUCAAUCAGAUAAAACAGUGAGAUGCCAUUUACUGGGCUAAUUGCCCAAUUUCUCUUAUUUCCAUAUAUUUGCAUGUGUUCAGUGUGCACUCGCAGUAAAUGGAUACAUCCUCUUUGAGGCUCUCAGCCAGGGUGUGACAUGAUACCCAGGUUGGGGAUUUGGGUCUGUGUUGGCCGAUGGAGAGGGAAGAGAUGGAGGCACAGUGAAGUGUGGCUUUAUUCCAGCUGGAUUUCUCUCUUUCAAAAAGUUUUUCCAGAGAAGGCAUCAAGUACUCUGUAAGACGCUUGAUGACCCAAGUUACUUCUCCAUCCUAUCCACUGCUAAUGUGUCAUUGUGAUGCAGAAGUAGCUUGGCUACUAGACCGUAGCAUACUGUUUUGUUUUUAUUUUCUUAUAAAUUUAUUUAUUUGGUUUGUCAAAUUAAAGUUUUGCAAUCACAUAUCCAACAUACAUCAUAAAAACAAGAUUCCAAAGAAUCUGGACUUCUCCCCUUUCUGGAUCCUAUUAUUAGUCUUUUCCUCCUGCAUCUUUUAUAAUCGGAUCUUUUACAUCUCCAUUAUAUCCAAACUUCACCAUUAAACUACAAGUGUUAUUCCAAUCCUGCUAACGAUUUUAACUGUUUACAAUGAUUUUUAAGGCAAAUUAUAAAUUUUCUCCAUUCCUUAUUAAAAUAUUGGUCUUCCUGAUUUCUGAUUUUUCCGGUCAUUUUGGCACAAUCCCAUCAACUUAAUCUGCCGUUCUUCUCUGGUUGGGACUUAAUCUUCCUUCCAUCCAAAGAUGAGAUGCAGCAUACUGUUUUAAAGGGGGCAAGUUGAAGUGUUUUUAAGAUUUUGAGAAAUUAUAGUGUAUUUUCUGACUUGGGCAGCAAUGAGCUACUGAGGCAGCAUUUCAGGAAAUCGGCUUAACUGCUUCAUGUAUGAAACGAAGUGGGUUGUCAUGAACUUGCUUUGUGGCUCAUUUGGUCUGCUGAAAGCGAAAGCUUUCUAGCAUCACAAAACUUGGUGUAGAAAAAUGAACUGUUCUCAAGAAUGAGCUCGGUUGAUUUCGUAAUGAGUUUGCCUUGUCAAGAUACUCUGCUAUGGGCUGUUAGGUGGUGUUCACAUCCGAAGCAAAUCCAUGAAGAAUUUUUGUUCAAUGAUUUUUCAAAAGCUGGCUAUCAUGCAGAAGUGAUGUGGGAAUAAAAAUAUUUUCCAUAU